AUGGCUCAAGACGACCGUGGACAGAGUCACGGCGACUCUCCCAAUAAUCCUUCAGUCUCUGCUCCAACAUCGACGUCUCCUUCUCUAGCUCCUAUCAUCGCACCCGUCACCGCUCCUCCAGCUUCCGUCGCAAGUACUGGGUCCGUGAACACUACUGCCGCCGCCGCCGACACGAGACUCCCGCCCAUCACCGCGAUCGCUUCGGCGCCCUUCACGCCUGUAGACCGCCCGGCCGCCUCGACGACAACUGUAGCUCUAAGCUCUGCACCGACAACCGCCGAAUCCGACUCACCCGCUGUCCAUUCUCUUCCCGCGCCGACUCCUUCGCCAGCCUCGGCUCCUGCUGUUUCAGCCUCUGCCGCUCCGCCCGUGGUCUCUCAGCAGAACGGCGACAGCAGGGCCCCCGAGGCUGCUUCAACACCCGCGUCCAAGCCGGAAAUGUCCAACCACCACCCGGGAAUGCCUCAUGGUCAGCCUGUAAGCUACCCGGGCUCCUCGACGCAUUACGCGUCCUCGAUCGGUGCGACAACCGCCCAGUAUGGCUCUUAUCCCGCCGUGACGAGCCAGCCGCCCGAGCCAUACCGACCCAGUCCUAUGCCAAUUGGUAGCAAUAUGUCACUACCUAGCAUGAGGACAAUCGAGAACCCACAUGGACCAUCAGUGUCAAACCCACAGGGUAUGCAGAUGAAUAUGCCUAUGGCGCCUGUGCCAAACAAUAUGCCAUUCUAUGGGCAUCAAGGCAUGCAGAUGGGUGCAGGCUACGGUAUUUCUGACCCAAUGGCUCGUUAUGCACUUCCUCAUGAUCCGCGACUUUUGGGGCCUAGGGGGCCGAAAAAGGAGAUCAAACGUCGGACAAAGACAGGUUGUCUGACUUGCAGGAAACGUCGAAUCAAGUGUGACGAGACACACCCGACUUGCAACAACUGCAAGAAGUCAAAGCGUGACUGCCUUGGUUACGAUCCUAUUUUCCGACAACAAGCAGGUGGCCAGUCUUCUUCCAACAUUCAACCGGCACCCAGCCAGAGGACUCCGCCAACAGUUCCAAGCUCCGUGCCUUCGAGUGUGCCUUCGUCAAUAGCAUCAAACCCUGCUCUGACCGCCCGGCCUACCAACUCAUACGGCAGCCAGCCGUCGAUGCUCCCAAGCUCUUACGCGACAGUUCACGCGACCACGGCCAGCCCCAACCCGUCUCUUACCUCGCUUAGCUACGACUCGAGUUUCUCCAACGUUGCAUCGCCCCCCGUCAAGUCAGAACCGACAUACGAGUACCCGUCCGCAAUCGAUCCAGCCCUUCAAGGAUUCUCGUCAGCCUCACACGCAGAAAGCUCAAGAGCGGUUGAACAAAGGCCUCUGGCUGAAAGCAACCAAAAUCUUAGAGGUGGCGCCCCCUACUAUUGA